AUGAGCAUUCUCCGCGCUAUCACCAGGCAACGACUGCCCCUCUACACCAGGUCCUACGCCACCGUUGCCAACCCCCAGACCCUAGUUGAGAAGAUUGUCCAAAAGUAUGCCGUCGAUCUCCCAGCUGGCUCCAAGGUCCACUCGGGCGACUAUGUCAUGAUUCGACCUGAGCAUGUCAUGACCCAUGACAACACCGGUCCUGUCAUUUCCAAGUUCCUGUCCCUCUCUUGCUCCAAGCUGGACAACCCUCGCCAGCCCGUCUACACCCUCGACCAUGAUGUUCAGAACAAGUCGGAGACCAAUGUCAAGAAGUACCAGCGAAUUGAGGCCUUUGCCAAGGAGCACGGUGUUGACUUUUACCCGGCCGGUCGCGGCAUUGGCCACCAGAUUGUCGUGGAGGAGGGCUACGCAUGGCCAGGAAAGAUGGUCGUCGCGAGCGACAGCCACAGUAACCACUACGGCGGUGUAGGCUGCCUGGGAACUGCCAUUGUCCGUACGGAUGCCGCUGGUAUCUGGGCGACGGGCAAGUUCUGGUGGCAGAUCCCCCGCGUGGUCUCCGUCUCGCUUGACGGCAAGCUCUCGCCUGGUGUGACCGGCAAGGACGUUAUUGUUGCCCUGGCUGGACUUUUCAACCAGGACCAGGUUUUGAACGCCGCCAUCGAGUUCACUGGUUCGGGUAUUGAGCAUCUUUCGGUCGACGAGCGUUUGACGAUUGCAAACAUGACCACCGAGUGGGGAGCUGUUGCUGGUGUCUUCCCUAUCGACUCGAAGCUUAUCGACUGGUACCGUGGCCUCAUCCGCAAGGCAGAGCUCCGCGGUUUCAUUUCGCCUUCAACCUCGACUCCUUCGUCGGAGGGCCACCCUCGUCUCAAUGAGAAGCGCCUUGAGGAGAGCCUUGAGGAGCAGGUUGCCGCCGACGCUGGAGCUCAUUAUGCUGCUCGUUUGUCCCUCGACCUCUCCACCCUUGUUCCUCAUGUCUCUGGUCCCAACUCGGUCAAGAUUGCCACAGCCCUCCCCAAGCUUAUGGACCCCCCAAUCAAGAUCAACAAGGCCUAUCUUGUCUCGUGCACCAACUCGCGCGCUUCUGACAUUGCCUCAGCCGCUGCUGUGCUGCGCAACAAGAAGAUUGCUCCCGGCGUCGAAUUUUACAUUGCUGCUGCCUCUAGCCGCGUCCAGGAGGAGGCUGAGGCUUCUGGCGACUGGCAGGCUCUCAUUGAUGCUGGGGCCAAGACGCUUCCUGCCGGCUGUGGCCCUUGCAUCGGUCUCGGUGUUGGUCUGCUGGAGAAGGGCGAGGUCGGUAUCAGUGCCACCAACCGCAACUACAAGGGCCGCAUGGGUAGCCCCGACGCGGUGGCCUAUCUCGCCUCCCCCGCCGUUGUGGCUGCUUCGGCUGCCAAGGGUGUAAUCUGCGGUCCCGACUCGCUCAACCUCGCCAGCCUUCCCCAGUACGAGACCCCCAAGUUUGCGAUUGAGGAGUUCCCCGCGCCAGCCGCCGUUGCCACGGGUGAGCCUGAGCCUCUCCUUGCGGGCUUCCCCGAGUACUUUGAGGGCCCCCUGGUGUUCGCGCCCCAGGACAACCUCACCACCGACGGUAUGUACCCAGGCAAGUACACGUAUCAGGACGACAUUACGCCUGAGCGCCAGGCCGAAGUCGUUAUGGAGAACUAUGACCCCGAAUUCGCGUCCACCGUCAAGUCACUGCGCGCCAGCGCUCCCACGACUCCUAUUCUGCUUUCCGGUUACAACUUUGGCACUGGUUCAUCUCGUGAGCAGGCCGCCACCGCUAUCAAGAACGCUGGUAUUCCACUGGUUAUUUGUGGCUCCUUUGGUGACAUCUUCAAGCGCAACAGCAUUAACAACGGAUUGAUCCUGGUCGAGGCCCCCGAGCUCAUUGAGGACCUUACCACUCGCUUUGGUAGCGACGGUGUGCGCGGCAAAGGUGGUGUCAACGGUGAGCUCACCGUGAUUCCCCAAGACUGGAGGAUCAAGGUCGACACGCGCCGGGGUGGUGUGACUGUGUCCAUGGGUGCGGAUGGCGAGAAGGUUUAUCCUUCUGCCCGCGUCGGUCGUAGUGUGCAGGAGCUCUGGGUCAACGGUGGCCUCGAGGGCUUCAUUAGGGCCUCAUUGUAG